ACCCCGCCCCCAUGCCAGCUAAGGUCCGGCGGGGACACAAGCUCCGCCCCCUUCCCACCCUGCUCGCGAGGUUCCGCCCCCACGCCGGGAGCUGGGCUCCCUGGCCGGGUCGGCCCGGAUUGUGGCUGGCGCUGUGACUGCGGCCUCAUCUUCCUGGGCUUGCGGCUGCAGGAGGUAGCAGCUGGGCGAGCGCCAUGGAAGACGAGACGACGCAGCCGCUGCUGAACAAAGUGGACCCGAGGUCCGAGGCAGAGGAACCGAGACCAAGCUAUCCCCCGCAGCACCUGCCGGGUCCGGGGUCUCUUCCUGGCAGCCUUCGCAGCCACCUUGGGCCCUCUCAGCUUUGGCUUCGUCCUGGGCUACAGUUCCCCUGCCAUCCCCAGCCUACGGAAGACCGGACCCGAGACCCUCCAACUGGACGAUGACCAGUCCUCCUGGUUCGGGUCCAUCGUGACUCUUGGGGCUGCUGUAGGAGGUGUGCUAGGUGGCUGGCUGGUAGACAAGACUGGAAGGAAACUGACCCUGAUGCUCUGCACAGUGCCUUAUGUUGUUGGCUUCAACUUGGUCAUUGGGGCCCAGAAUGUAUGGAUGCUGUAUGGGGGUCGCCUUCUGACAGGCCUGGCAAGUGGAGUCUGUUCCCUUGUUGCCCCGGUGUAUAUAGCUGAAAUAUCUUCCCCUGAAGUCCGAGGACUGCUUGGUUCCUGUGUGCAGCUGAUGGUCGUCAUUGGAAUCCUUGCAGCAUAUGUUGCAGGCCUGGCCCUGGACUGGUGCUGGCUUGCUGUUCUGGGCUGCGUCCCACCAUUCUUCAUGCUGCUGCUCAUGUGUUUCAUGCCUGAAACCCCAAGGUUCCUGCUGAUUAAGCAUAAAGAGCUGGAAGCGGUAGCUGCGAUGAAGUUUCUAUGGGGGGUAGAGCAAGAACAGGAAGUAGAAGAGAAUGAAAGCAGUCAUGAGGACCAGGGAUUUCAUCUGGCAAGACUGAAGAAUCCAGCGAUUUACAAGCCUUUUCUCAUCGGCCUGUUGCUGAUGGCUUUCCAGCAAUUCUCUGGGAUCAAUGCUAUGAUGUUUUAUGCACAGACAAUUUUUGAACAAGCCAACUUUAAGGACAGUAGCCUUGCCUCAGUCAUUGUGGGGGUCCUGCAGGUGGUCUUCACUGCCAUUGCCGCCCUUCUUAUGGAUAGAGCCGGCCGGAAGAUACUCCUGUCAAUAUCAGGUGCUAUCAUGGCUCUGAGCUGCAUAAUGUUUGGCAUCUACUUUAAAAUUUCUCUCCCAACUCCUAACAACUCUUCAAAUCCUGACCUCCUCACAACCUUGAAUUCCGAGACUGUAGGAGCCAGCCCUGGACUGCCAUGGCUAGCAGUGUCUAGCAUGGGAUUCUUCCUCAUAGGUUUUUCUCUAGGCUGGGGUCCCAUCCCCUGGCUGCUGAUGUCUGAAAUAUUCCCCCUCCAAGUCAAGGGACUGGCCAGUGGUGCUUGUGUUCUCACCAGCUGGAUCAUGGCCUUUCUGGUAACUAAAGAAUUCAGCAGUCUCAUGAGUUUUCUGACUCCAUAUGGAACUUUCUGGCUUUUUUCUGCCUUCUGCAUCCUCAGUGUCAUUUUCACAUUACUCUUUGUUCCUGAAACAAAGGGAAAGACUUUGGAGCAAAUUGAAGCUCAUUUUCAAGGAAGGUGAUGACCUUCUGAUUGAGAGUGUCCUUGCCAAGCAAGGGAAGACUGCCUGAUCAUAAUGGAAGAAUGGUGAUUUUAAAAUGGGGUUCUUUUGUAUUCCCAAUAAGCAUAAUCUUUCUCCAGGACUCUCAGGCCUUAUGUGGAACUGAGAGAGCCAAUACAGAAUAUAUGUGAAAAUAAGUGUUUGAUUGCUGCUAAAUCUAGUCCAAGUAGAUUUUUUUUUCCCCCACAAACCAACGCCACAGUUCCUCAAGUACCCUCAUUCUUGAGCGGGUUUUAACCCAGUUAUAUGGGGUAGGAUCUAUGGUUCCUGUUGGAGUUCAUUCCCAUUUAAUUCCUGGUUAAAUUGGCAUGAGGGGGAAAAAACUACAGGAACCAUGAAAUCUUAGCAUUGGUCUCUUUCAUCCAUGCAUUUUCCUUUGAAUAAGGAAAGGAAUGAGAUUCAGCUAUUGCAUCCAUCUCCCUCUCUUCAGACUAACAAAGAAUUUUAGGAAUUGAUUCUCGUCCAGAUGAUUUUUAUCUUUGGCAAUAUUCUAAUCAAGAAGUAUGUUUGUU